UAAGGGAGGUGCUCUGGCCUCGAGGGCUGUGCCCCCAUCGGGGUCCCGGGGCGGCCGCCUCCUGCAGGUGCUCUGCCUCAGGGAGCCCGGGACUCUGCCAGUGUCACCAGCGCCUCCUCCUCGGUGUCACCAGCACCAGGUGCUCUUCCGUGCCCAGCUCCGUCAGGACUCAGGGGCCUCAGAUCAAUGGCUUGAGCCCCGUCAUCCCCACAGUGCUGUGAAGUUCGGGCCGAGGGCAGGAUCGCUUUUGGCGAGCCUGCGGAGGGCAGAGCACCACGCCACCCGAGGAAGAGCCUCUGUAAAGCCACUACUGAUUGAAAACAGCACUUCUCACUUCUCUCCUCAUCCUCCCCAACAUCGCACGGGAGGCUCCUCGCCGGCUUCCAGCAGUUGGGAGAGCAAGAGCUUGGUGGCACCUUCUGUAUUUCUCUGGCUCACUUCAAGGGAGUGGGGACCUCCUGAGGAACUCUGCAGCCUCCUUGUUGCUGUGGACAUUGUGUACUCCCUGGGGUAGCUGCUUCUGACACGGGGCACCCUGUGAUUAACAGCAGCAUUGUCAUUUCCUGCUCUCUCUUCUCUUUGGCAGAGAGCACCAUGGAAUGUGGCUGUGAAGCUGAAAGGGGCUCUGGUAGGAGAGCAGCUCUGUGGAGUCAGCAGAAGGCAAGACAUUAACCUUUAGUUCCACCAGCACCACCGCUGGGAACAUGGGAAAGCACUUCCUGCUGGAGAAGGUCUUGGCUUCAUCAGUGCCAGGAAAUGUUGGAACCAGAAUAGAAAUGAAAAGGAAGGAAUCAAACAAAUACACAUCAUUAUGCAGUUGUGAAAUGAGAGAAGAUGAAGAUUCGAAUGCAGAGAGAAACUGAACAUCAGAAAUAAUAUGGGAAGAGAUGAAGGGGUCCAGAGGGGAGAGCAAGAGGGAUACAGAACCUCUCACUUGUUAUUCUUGUGGAUCCCGUACCCUCUUAUCAAAUGGUGAUGUCAUGCUGGUAUUUCUGUUUCCUUACAUGGGUUGUUUUGCAGAUGAGACCUCAGCUUCAUCCAGUAAGUUCCACUGGCUGGUGGAGCAGAGCUCCAGUGAGCACCCUUUCUUCUGGAGACACGUGUGGCUGGGCUGUGUGAGCCCAGCAUGGUGUGAAGGGUUGUUACUAUGGGUGCUGAUAGAAACUAAAGGGGAGGAAAUAGCAGAUGGGAGAUGGGUUUGCUCUGAGCAUGAAGAGGAAGAGCGGUGGCAGGCAGUGGUGAGCAGCAGAGAUUGCACCCACAGAGGCUGGGGAGACAGCAGGGCCUGCGCCUGCUGACUGUUGCGCAUGUCCCUUUGGUGGCAGGGUGACACAAGCUGUGUCUGGCCUGGUGGACGCUCAUGUCCUGGUGUCCCUCAUGCCAGAGGUGGCAGGGGAAUACAGGGGCUGGGCGGCAGCUGGGAUCUGGGUACUCAUGGCCAGAGUGGGGGCAAGGCUCUACAGGGCCGUGUACACCCCGCAACCAGAACGCUCUGAUCAAGCCCAUGCUCAUGUCAAACCGCAAGUCCCUGGGGGCUGGCAGGGUGUGUUUGUCCCCACCUGGGCUCAGCGAGCACACCCGAUCACCAGAUGGGUGUGGACAUCCCCCCAUCCCCCCGCAGUGACAGCAGCACUGCUUCCUCCACGCGGUUCAUUCCCUGGUGUAAAACAAAACAGACUCGGGUGGAGUGGGGAGGUGGUGCUGUAGGAGACUGGGAAAGUGGCAGGGACCUGCUGGGCUGGGCCUUAGAGGAGUGGGAGAUGGCCAUCAGCAGCUCCUGGGGGCAUUACUUGUGUCUCAGGGCCAAGACUAUGUGGUCAGGAUGAAACCAGAGGAGGAAUCGGUGAAGAGAGGAGAUAAGAAUUGGGCUGAGGCAAGAGAAGGGGAAGAGAGGGGAAGCCUGUGAGCACAGAGGGAACUGUCUGGCCCAGUGGUGAGGGGGUGAGGUCCCGGCAAGGCUUCAGCUCCCCUUGGCUGAGCAGUGGCCCUGCACUGCAGGGACAGACAGAGACUCCCGGCCGAUCCCACCAGGCACCCAGCAUCGUCACCAUGAGGCUGUUGGGAAGCAUGGAGCUCUGGCUGGCCAACACCUUUCUGCCCCUGCUGCUCCUCACCUGGCUGCCAGUUGGAACAGCCAGUCAGAUGGCAAAGCCAGUCACCAGUGUGCAGUUUGAGAUUUGUUUGGAGAAUCUCACAGUGCAAGUGAAGUGGUACAGACCUGAAUGUCCUGAGGGGGAGAAUCAAACCAACAUCGUGGUUCUGAGAGAAAACUGUAUGAAUUUCACCAGCUCAAGCUUUUGUACAGCCAGCACAGGAAUCUGCAUGUGUAGGGUCUUCAUCACAAGACCAAACUCAACAGACACUAGAAACAGCACACAACAAGCAGCUGUCAGCUAUGGCUGUGCAGGACCUCAGACUGAUGUCACAGGGAAUAUCUGGACAGGAUUCAAUCUCCUCCUGUGCAUCCUCCUUGGCUUAGCAGUCGGGACACUCCUUUACAUGCCGGUGAUUGGCUUCCUGCUGUGGCAGUGCAGAAGGAACAGAACAGGAGAGCUCGUGAGCGGGGAAGUGGCAGAGGGGAAUCAGGCAGCCCCAGUGACAGGGACUGAAGACCUGACCUAUGCCAACCUGAAUUUUGAAAAGAAGGGGACAGGACCUGCCUCCUCUAAUGUCAUUUACACCGAGAUCAAGCCAUCGCAACAGAAGCAGAGUGGUGGGGAUGGCGGCGCUGCCAGCACAGUGGUGGAUGUCUCCCUGAAUGAAGAGGGCAAGUGAGGGAGGUGAGCAGCUUGUUGUCCACCUGUUGGGGUCAUCCUCCUCAAAAACUAGGUGUUAGCUGAUACGGCUGCCCAGUCUUGGUGACCAAAGACACCUAUUACCCCUGAGUGACUGCAGAGCCCUGCUUUAUGUUCCCCUGGAAGAAGCCAUGUCUCACAGUGAGGACAGAGCUCUGGAGCCCAUUUUCCUCUUGCCUUCUCCAGCUCCAAGCACUGCCAUGCCUCAGCAACUCUUUUCACUGUCUCCAGUCACUGACACGCUCCUUGUUACUUGCUCCAUGCUCAGGAAUGACAGUAUACACUGUGUGGUCAACACAGUGUUCAGGAAGAGCUUGGUCCUGGAUGUGCUGGGUGCACGGCCAUGAGAAGUCCUGGAGCGAUUUUCUCUGGAGCAGGCACCUGCUGUGAUGUGGGCUGCCCUUGCUCUCAUUCACUCACUUGAAACCCAAGGGGCAAGAGGGAUGGAAAAGCACUGCUUGCUUCAGAGAGGUGCUGCUGCAGCGACACACACGGAUCUGUUUUGUACUGGGAGUGGCUAGGUGUUUUUGCUGGUUUGGUGGUGAAUACCCUUCUCGUGGGUACAGCACUUUCUUUUGUGCCCUCUUUUAUUGAUAGUGUUGUGUUUGAGUUUUUCAGUAAAAUUGUGAUUCCCACUUGUCUUGCCUGGUGUUUCCUCUGCUGUUGGAAGAGGAUGGGUGAAGAGGAGCA